AUGGAACGUCCAGAAGAAGCAAAGUUCGAUGAGUUGUAUGAAGAAGAUAUGGAAUAUCUGGAAGACACAGAAGGUUUUAUUCUGCUAGGGUCCGUGCGCAACGACGGCUGUGACGAUACCUGUCCCAAUUCCUCCUGGAACUGCGCCCGAAGUAGCUGCAAACAAAGUGGCGGAAGGCACAUAAGCUGA